GAACAUUUUUUUUGCCUUAAGAACAUCACAGAGCUUCUUCAACGCUGCUGCAAUUUCUUCAAUUAUAUUACUAUUAAGGGUUAAUUUUGAACAAAAAUAAUUAAAUAGCAUGUUGGUGUUGGUAACGCAUUAGAUGUAGAUAAGGUGUGCAAAUCGAUUAUUUUUCAUAACAUUUUAAAGUCCCAUAGUUUUGGGGACCAAAUAAGUAAUUAGGUUUCAGGGCCUAACAUUCUCAGGAAUAGCCCUUGUGGUAGGUGAAGAAUUUUACGGAAUUUCCUUAACAAUGCUUCAAGACUUUUUUUUCUAAGCAAAAAAGUUUCUUCAAUUAGUUUUAAUAUGUUAUAUAAGACUAGGUCUGGAACUUUUAUCCGAGAUUCGGAUUCGAUCCGUGAUCCGAUCCAGAUCUGAUCCGAAAAUCCGGAUAUCCGGAGAGGCCGAAUCUGGAUCCGGAUAGUAAAAUGUUGGAUCCGUCAAAGCCGAAUCCGGAUCCGGAUAUUUUGAUUUUUUAGUCUGGAUAUCCGGAUCCGUAAAUUUUAUUAAUAACUAUUUCAAAAAUAGUAAUAUCUAUAUAUAAAAACUAAUUUUAUUUAAUAUAUUUUCAUUUUUAUAAUAGUAUAUAUAAAUUUUAUGUAAAUUUUGUAAUAUUAUACAUAGAAAUAAUUAAAAACAUUAUAUAUUUUUUUAUUUUAAAUUAUUGUUAAUAUUUUAUAUAUAUUAAUAUUAUUUUUUCUUUAUUUUAAGGAUUCAAAUCCGGAUCCGGAUAUCCGCCGGAUAUUAUAAUUUUUAGAAGGAUAUCCGACACCCGGAUAUCCGCGAACCCCGGAUCCGGAUAAGAAUAAUAAAAUUAUGGAUCCGCCGAAUAAGGAUCCGGAUAUCUUAAAAUUGCCCGGAUACCCGAUCCGUCCCAGGCCUAUAUAAGACCACUAUUCAUCUUCUCAACUCUCUCUCAGCUUGAGCUUCUCUUUCAUACUAAACAACUCAAGGCUUCAAAACUUUAAUAUCGUUAAUACGCCGUCGGUUUACUCUUAAAUUCAUAUUGUCAUCUUACCAUCAUUAACAAAAUGCAAGCCGCUACGUCGUGGGAUCUCAAGUUCCGAUCAACAAAUCUGACGGCUAGUACUGCACGUUCCACCAACGCGAUGUCAAAGCACGUGAAUUUCCUAUGCGGUUACAGGUCGAAGAGGUUCAGCUUCCGCAACGGCGUCUCCGUGAGCCGAACAGAUUGGCAAAGCUCAUGCGCCAUUUUAGCAAGCAAAGUUGCUUCCGUAGAAGAUCCCGGUGGUUUAGCUGACAAAAUCGCCGUCGUUAAUGGUCACAAGAACAGCUCCGUCGAUCUCAGCCUCGUUCACGUCGAGACAACCAACGGAAAACUAUCCCAGGUUCAACCGUUAACGAUCACCGAUCUAUCUCCGGCUCCGUUGCAUGGGUCUAACCUCCGAGUAGCUUAUCAAGGAGUUCCCGGAGCUUACUCAGAGGCAGCCGCCGGAAAAGCAUAUCCAAAUUGCGAAGCCAUUCCAUGCGACCAAUUCGACGUCGCUUUUCAGGCGGUGGAGCUUUGGAUUGCCGAUAGAGCCGUUCUUCCCGUGGAGAAUUCACUCGGUGGUUCAAUCCACCGGAAUUACGAUCUCCUCCUCCGUCACCGUCUCCACAUCGUGGGCGAAGUUCAGAUUCCAGUCCACCAUUGUCUCCUCGCGUUUCCGGGUGUCCGAACAGACUGCGUCUCGCGAGUGAUAUCUCACCCACAGGCGCUGGCUCAGACAGAACGAUCACUCGACAACCUCACCCCACGCGCGGCACGUGAGGCCUUCCACGAUACGGCGGCUGCAGCCGAGUAUAUAGCCGCAAAUAACCUCCAUGACACUGCAGCUGUGGCGAGCGCACGUGCCGCGGAGCUCUACAACCUCCAGAUUUUAGCUGACGGAAUACAAGACGACAAAGGAAACGUCACGCGGUUCCUGAUGUUGGCGCGUGAACCAAUCAUACCACGCACAGACAGGCCUUUCAAAACUAGCAUCGUCUUUGCGGCUCAAGAACACAAAGGAACCAGUGUCCUCUUCAAAGUCCUCUCGGCCUUCGCUUUCCGAAACAUCAGCUUGACGAAGAUCGAGUCGCGGCCGCACCACAACCGCCCUCUCAGGGUUGUCAGAGACGGGAGCUUCGGGACGGCGAAGAAUUUUGAGUAUAUGUUCUACGUUGAUUUCGAGGCGUCCAUGGCAGAAACACGUGCACAGAACGCGCUUUCAGAGGUUCAGGAGUACACGUCUUUCCUAAGGGUGCUGGGAUGUUACCCCAUGGAUAUGACGCCAUGGUCCAUGUCACCCACCGAAGAUGCAUGACUCAUUGAACAUAAAGUAAACGCACCAAUAAGUUUAUUAAAUUAGAAUUUCUUUUUAUGUGAAAAUUGUAAUAUACAAUGAAAUUAAACGAACAAUUAGAAUUUGUUUUCACGUGCUCAUUAGGAGAAUAUAAACUAUUUUAUCUUUUAUGUUAUUACAUACGAGAUAUCUUAAAGUGAUGGACGUUAAUGUUACGACAUCUCUCACUGAUUUUA